AUGGAUGUUUUGUUUACAGAAGACUUCAGCACAGAGAUAUAUCGAAUCUUAAAAGAAUACUCUGGAAGAAGCUUAGCACUGAUGAUCUCUGGAGGGUCUCUACUUCAAUGCCUUGAGGACAAAAGAUACCUGACUAUGGACACCUCGGGGUGGAGAAUAUUCUAUUCUGAUGAGAGAGCAGACCAAAACCAUUUGAACUACACUGGAUCAAUAGGAUUUAUAAGCAAGACCAACGCAGACGUGCAUCGAAUAUGGACUUCAAGACCUUUGGAUGAGGCAGCCAAGAUGUAUUCUGCAGAGCUCCCGGACAUCGAUGUAUGUCUUCUCGGGAUAGGCGGAGAUGGGCACAUUUGCUCUCUUCCCCCUGGAUGCAAGGAGCUGGAGUCUGAUGAUUAUGUAGUGGCUUUAGAAGGAGAUUUUCCUAUAUCUCCAAGAAGAGUGACUGUCACACCCAAGUUUAUCAAUGAGAAGAUUAGGGAUUUGUACUUUGUAGUUCCUUCCAGUAGGAAGAAAGGAGUUUCAGCUCCCGACAGGAGCAUAACCGAGAAGAUCGAAAGAAGUUUUAUGGUAAUUCUGGAAAAGUAA